CCCGGCCGUGCCAGAUAGACCGGGCGGAUUUAUUUGUUUUGGAAAUAACCAAGAUGAGCAAGUGGCUGUCCUGCUGCUUCGUUUUGCUGCUUCUUUGUUUGGCCCUCGCGGACCCAAAAGCGGAAUAUCUUGGCCCGUCCGAAGACAUUUACGACGCAUACCGCACUUUCAGCGAGCUGAACAGCGAGAUUGCAAAAUUCCAGGCCAAAGCCACCUCCAUUCUGUUUGGGGACAUUUUAAUUGAGGCCACCAGUGUUUACGAACGAGUCUUUCAAAAUCUUGCUGCUCUUGGGGCAAGUGAGCCCCUGGUCGACGUCUCUCGCGCCUUGGCUUCGGAAGGCACAAAGUUAAUUCACGUCCUGCUUAGCAUAAUCGAUGAAGGGUGUCUCAGUUUCGAGGAACGCCUUCUUGAUGCCAACGACGAUCUUCGGGAUGGAAGGUUCGAGGAGGUGCCCGGGGACUAUGUCGACUUCUACGAACGCAACGCGAUAAUCGAGGCUGCCUACGUGGGCAUGCUGCCCAUGAUAAACACGACCCUGGUUUUCCUGGAAGAAUCUUCGCUCGCCGCUAUUGCUGACUUGGAAGGACCACUCGUGAUUGAAAUCCACGGAGAAUUGCAACGAGGACGAAUAUUGAUAGAGGAUUCGCUUUCCUCAUUUAGCGUAGCUAAAAUUUUCUACAACUCAGCAGUGAACGCUUCGAUGGACGCUCUGUACCAAGUGGUCCGACAAAUCCACCUCACGCACGCCUCCACCGGCAGAAAAUACACGAUCAAUAAACUUCACUGAUUUUGAUGAGACGAAAUGAGAUUUUGCAAUCAUUCCGUUUUCCGCAGAGAUUUCUUUCCGCAGAUAAGAUUAGGCGCUGCGUAAUGAGCCAAAGUAGAUUUUGUACUAAACAAAAAUGAAGGUGCGGCCCAACAGGUGUUUGGGGCUUUUCCUCGUGCUGCUGGCGGUGAGCGCCGAGUCCAAGGACCUGCAGACGGACGUGGCCAAGACCCAAUCGCACAUGGCCGACUUCAUGCGAGCCGCGAGCGCUCUCAAUUCGCACGUCAGGCAACUUUACGGCAUCGCGUGCCUCGAUUUUUCCACCUCGGUUUUGCUCGUCUGUGAUCAAAUGACGGCCUUGCAGGUACCGCAGAAGGUGAUCAGCAAAAUAAGGGCCCAUGCUGGUUUGCUGGAGGAAACUGCCGGCGUGCACGUGAACGCGUUGCGAGAAACAAUCGACAGUUUCAACCGAACGCUAACCGCCGUCAACCAGCAGUUGAUUUUCGUCGACGCGGCCGACGCGUCCACGAUUAACGAGUUGCUCGAGGCCUUCAAGUGGAACCUGACCGCGGCCGACGCCAACUUAGAGGCGGCGCUCACGGCGAUGCUAUCGAACGGCCAGAGGGUGGAGAACAAUGUCCGGGAGGCGACCGACAAGCUGGGCGGGCCAGAAAUCGCACUAAUUUACGAGCUAAUUGGCCGGUGCAAGGCCAAGUUCAGCACGAAAGAGGCGGAAGCGAGGAAAAGCGCUGAGAUUCUCAGAGCGCUCGCUGAGGUCACCACAAUGGCCAUCAACAAAGUGGUGGAGCAGUUGGAAUUUGAAGAGUUCAACUUUGGCCAAUUCGAUCUUGGUUCUAUGUUAUAAAAAAAAAUGCAAAAUAAACUAGUUACUUUUAAAAAUGGAGUUAUCAUGAUAAUAAUAUUGUGUUGAUAAUGUUUUAAUUGUUUAAAUCUGCCUUGAAUUAAUAAUUUCUUUUUGAUUCAAAAACGGUUUUUCUAGAGACUUUUCAAAAAUAUAAUUAUGGUAUAAUUUUUAACUUUAGGGAUUACUUAAGGAAAUUAGUUUUUAUUUCAAAUUGUGUAUCAAUUUUCAACGUUUAAUUAAA